CGUCGUCUUCUUGUUCGAAUUAAAGUUCCAAGAACUUCAAAGAAGAUGUUGUGUUGAAAUCCACCUUAUCAUAUGUACCUGUAAGACUGUUGUAUUUCCAGUUCCAUAGUUCAACAAACAGGGUUCUAACCUAGCAGUGGCGAGUCAUUCAGCCUGAUGUGCGUCUAAAAACAAGUGAAUUAUAUAUUUCAUGCUGUAAUCAAAUAUUUUUACUUUUGGAUUUGGGACACUAAAAGUGUAUAAAAAUGAGUUACUCUAGUGAUGAAGUGAACUUUCUUGUGUAUCGCUACCUGCAGGAAUCAGGUUUCCAUCACUCUGCAUAUACAUUUGGUAUUGAGUCACAUAUAUCACAAAGCAAUAUCAAUGGUGCCCUUGUACCUCCUGCAGCUUUAUUGAGUAUUCUUCAAAAGGGUUUGGAAUAUACUACAGCAGAAAUUACUUAUGGGGAAGAUGGUUCUGAAAUACGUCUCACUGAGAGCUUGAGCUUAAUUGAUGCUGUGAGUCCAGAGAUAAUAGCUGCUCGUCAAAAUGCACAUAACACACAGAAACAAGCUAUCAGAGCAGAGCAGGGAGCUGGAACUGAACAAAAUGGUGUUGAAGUCACAGCAUGUAACCCACCAGCAACAACUGGCGGCGCAGCAACUCCGAGUGCUCCUGAGAACAUGGAGGUUGACCAGUCCAUAGAAAUACCUGCCAGCAAGGCUACAGUUCUCAGAGGUCACGAGUCUGAGGUGUUCAUUUGUGCAUGGAACCCUAGCACGGAUCUGUUGGCAAGUGGCUCGGGUGAUAGCACAGCCAGGAUCUGGGAUAUGUCUGACAAUCCUGCUACAACUCCCAAUCAGUUGGUACUGAGACACUGUAUACAGAAAGGUGGAGCAGAGGUGCCCAGCAAUAAAGACGUCACUUCUUUGGACUGGAACUGUGACGGUAACCUCCUAGCGACGGGAUCAUAUGACGGCUACGCCCGUAUUUGGACAACUGAUGGAACUUUAGCCUCCACAUUAGGUCAACACAAGGGACCUAUAUUUGCUCUGAAAUGGAACAAACGCGGGAACUACAUUCUGAGUGCUGGGGUUGACAAGACUACCAUAAUAUGGGAUGCCGCGUCAGGGCAGUGUACUCAGCAAUUUUCCUUUCAUUCUGCCCCUGCGCUAGAUGUAGACUGGCAAACAAACACAUCAUUUGCUUCUUGUUCUACAGAUCAGUGCAUCCAUGUAUGCAGACUCCAUGUUGACAAGCCUAUUAAAAGUUUCCAGGGACAUACCAAUGAAGUCAACGCCAUAAAAUGGGAUCCACAAGGACAGUUGCUCGCUUCCUGUUCUGACGACAUGACUUUGAAAAUCUGGUCCAUGAAACAAGAUACGUGUGUUCAUGAUUUACAAGCACAUUCAAAAGAAAUUUAUACCAUCAAGUGGUCUCCUACCGGUCCGGGAACACAGAAUCCAAAUAUGAAUCUAAUUUUGGCCAGCGCUUCUUUUGACUCUACUGUACGUUUAUGGGAUGUCGAAAGGGGCGUGUGUAUACACACUUUAACAAAGCAUACAGAGCCAGUUUACAGUGUAGCCUUUUCGCCCGAUGGCAAGUUUCUGGCAAGUGGGUCUUUUGACAAGUGUGUGCAUAUUUGGUCGACGCAGACCGGUGGUCUAGUCCACUCGUACAAGGGCACGGGCGGCAUAUUUGAGGUGUGCUGGAACUCACGAGGCACCAAGGUCGGCGCUAGUGCCAGUGACGGCAGCGUGUUUGUAUUAGAUUUACGUAAACUAUAAGGAACAACCCUCAGGGCUCGUUCCACUUGACGGUCGCGUCACUCUCGGCGACGCACGCGGCAUUAAGGAAACUUUUUCCGGCGGCAUGAAAGAGCAAACCUUUAUACCUACAGAUAGAUUGAAUGUUCCUACUACUUAACUGUUUUUAGGGUUCCGUACCAAAAAGGUACAGUCAAGUGCAAAAAUAUGUAUCGAAAAAAAUGUCUCAUAAAUAUGGUACUACGCUCUUAUUACACCGGACGAAGAUGCUAUGGGACAUAUUUAUGAGUAAGAUGUGUACACACAUAUUUUUACCCUUGACUGUACAAAAGGAACCCCUAUGGCGCCGCUCUGUCCGUCUGUCUGUCUGUCACAUUAUUAAAUAUCUCGAGAACUACUUAUGCUAUCGCUUUGAAAUUUUGAAUACUUAUGAACAUUGUUAACCUCUACAA